AUGGAGUUACAUCAACGAAGGUUUGAAGAAUUUUUGAGAGGAUAUUCUCCAGAUUUAUAUUUACCUGACUCACAGUUAGACUCUAUUACAAAACGAGUACUUAAGAAAAUGGGCAAAAACGAUAUUAAAGAUAUUUUAAUUAAAAUUAAUAAUGGAAAUGAGACGACAAAUGUUUUGUGUGAUGAAGCACACAUGUUAUAUGUUAAAUAUAUUCUACAGGAACAAGAAGAUAAAAUAAAAAAAACUACCAAAGAUCAUGAAGAGAAUAAACAAUUUAGUUUAUGGUUUAAAUAUCUUGAUUGGGAAAUUAAUAAUCGUGAUGAAAAAAAAAUAAAAUGUUUAUUUGAAAGAUGUUUAGUUGCUUGUUGUUUAUAUGAAGAAUAUUGGAUGAAAUAUGCUAGAUAUUUAGAUAAAAAUGUUUCAAAAACACAAGCUAAAGCAGUCUUGACAAGAGCACACAAAAUUCAUAUUCCAAGUAGUUCUAAAAUAGCCCUUCUUCUUAGUUUAAUGGAAGAAAGAAAUAAUAAUUUUAAUGAAGCUGUAGAUAUUCUUGAUAAUUUUGACUUAAAAUAUCCUGGUUAUGCCUCAAUUCGUCUUCGAAUGGUAUCAUUACUCAAUAGAAAACUUCAUUAUCAAAAUAGACCUGAUGAGACACGGGUUAUUGAAAAGAUGGAACGUCUUAUUAAUGAACGUCGUACCAGUAAAACACUGCGGAAUUUUUACAUAAAGAAAUUAGCUCGUUUUCAAGCAUUUCAAUGUAAUAAUUUGGCAAAAGCUGAUAAAUUAUUAAGGGAGGCUAUUAAAAAUGAUCCAGAAAACAAUGAAUUAUAUGCCCAAUUAAUUGACAUUUAUUAUUGUUGUUCUAAAACUAAUAUAAGACAUGUUUGUGAUGCAUUUGAUCUUGCCAUAAAAAGUACUUCUUUAUCUGAUCAUCAUCGUUUACAAUACGCUAAAAGAAAAAUGGAAUAUAUGGAAGAAUUUUGUAUGGAACCUUCAAAAAUACAAACAGCUUGGGAUGAUUAUAAUAAAUUAGUUGAAGAAUCUGGUUGUACAAUAUCAUAUGUUAACAAUCAAAAACAAAGAACAAUGCCAGUUCCUUAUAAACCAAUGUCAUUUUCAGAGAUUCAACGUCAAACUUCAACAACAAAUCAAAUGCCAAUGAUGGUAAAUGAUGGAAUGAUGUAUGGUAUGAUGUCAUCUAAUACUUAUAUGGGCAAUCAACAAAAUUGGCAUUAA